GACGUUUUCACGCGGCCGGCUUCUAUCGAGGCGUCGUUGCUGUGAUAAUGCUAUAUGGUCUCUGCUAUCUCAGCGCGGCGGAGGUAGAGCAGAAUCGGGCGGUGCUGACCAUCGCGCAAGUCGCGCUGCAAACAUGGCGAGCGUGUCGCGGAUAGCCAUCCUGCUCUCGGCGCUGGUCAUCUUCCUCGUCCUGGUGGGCGUGUUCUUUGGGGUCUACCUCAACAACAAUGGCAGCAGCAGCUCCACGACGCCCAGCCCAACGACGCCCAGCCCUACUACUCACAGCCCUAAUACACCUAGCCCCAGCCCGUCUGCGCCACCAGUCACAGCCACCAUCGUGGACUGCGGCGUCGUGGAGGGCGAAUGGGUCGAAUCCGCCGCCGGUGGCUCGUACGCAGCCUUCAGGGGCGUACCGUACGCGGAACCACCACGCGGCGAGCUUAGGUUCAAGGGACCUCGCCCGCCCGCAAAAUGGGAUGGCAUCCGCUCGGCCAAAGAGGAGGGCAACACCUGUUUCCAGUCCGGCUCCGUUGGCUCCGAAGACUGUCUGUACCUGAACGUGUACACGCCCAAGCUACCGAGCAACAGCGACCCGUCACCAGCACUGCCUGUCUACGUCUUUAUCCACGGCGGGGUAUUCCAGUACGGCAGUGGGUCGGCGCAGGGCCUGGGACCAGACUUUCUGGUGGCUCAGGACAUUAUCGUCGUCACCAUGAACUACCGCCUUGGUGUUUUGGGUUACUUGAGCUUGGACACCGAGGAGGUUCCUGGUAACCUAGGGCUGAAGGACGCCCUUUACGCCCUGAAAUGGGUCAACAAAAAUAUCGCAGCCUUCGGCGGCGACCCGAGCAAAGUGACACUCGGCGGCCAAUCCUCGGGUGGCGUCAGCGCUAGCUGGCUGUCGAUCCUGCCGGCCACCAAAGGGUUGAUACGAUCGGCCAUCACCCAGAGCGGGACUGCCGUGUCGAGCUGGGGGCUCAACCUCAGGAACGUCGAGUACGCCCAGGCCAUCUACAAGCAAAUCACAGGAAAGGACACGAAAGAUUUGACCGACAUUGCAAAACUAGUAUACUCCGCCAACCUCAAAGAGUUGUACGAUGCGGCGCAGGCUGCCACACUCCAGCUGCAGGCUAACAAGGGACUCGGGACGGACAUUAGUUUCUUCUACUUGCCAACUCUCGAAUUACGACCGGACGGUGCGGAAGACAAGUUGAUAACGAAGGAUCCAGAGAGUUACAUGAUUCUGAAGGAAGCAAACGACAUUCCGACAAUUCUAGGCGAAACAAAAAGGGAAUGGGCCUUGUUUCUCCAAACUCUUGAUUUGUACAAAGACGACAAGGUUUUGAAGAGUGCCAUACAAGAUUUAAUUACGCUGGUACCCAAUACAAUAAUCCCAGGAACUCAAACGCAACAAAGUCUUCAAAUAACGGACGAAGUAGAAAAACUGAUAAAAAAUGACGAAACUAAAUACGUUCAAAAUAUUAAGGAUCACUAUUUUUUACAAAACACCGAUGCAGAGUGCAGCCCGUACGGGGAUUUAUGCAAAAUGGGAAAGUAUUUAGACCACGUGUACAUCAUGGCUGACACAGACCACUUCCUAAGGCUGAGGGCAAUGUACGUGAAAUCACAGACUUACUCCUACGUCUUCAAUUUGAAAUCUGACUACAACGGUGACUAUUCUUCAUUCCCCGUCUAUCUAAAAGAUGUCGUAUAUCAUGGAAAUGACAUGAACUACGUGUGGAAGCUUUCGACUAUAAAACAAGACUACAAUGGCAACGGAAUAGCGUCUAAAGCUCUGCGGAGACAAGUCACACUACUGGCCAACUUUAUAAAAACAGGUAACCCAACACCCGAGAAGAGCGAGCUCAUAACGGAGUUAUGGCUUCCUGUCAACAGCGGGGAAGAAGAGCAGUAUCUGGAAAUAACAGAGAAUCUCACCAUGCAGAAAGGCAGCAUGUCUGGACAAGACGGAAAGUUCUGGCAAGAGAUAUUCUCCCAUUUCCGUGUAGACAAAAGUCCAUAAACUUCAACAAGUAUUUGUGUGUCUUUUUUACUCUCAACGAACCUCAGUUCUUAAGAAAACUUAAUUUAUUCUUGCA